CCAGCUUAGUUGUGCUGUGGCGUCGUGAGGGUGUGGAUGUUUGUGGGGUGAGUGAAGACGUGAAAUCUCUUAACAAAGGAAAACUUAAUAUUGUUUUUGUGGCGGCUACAAGAAACCAGUCGGGGGCUACAACGCUUCAGGAGCCCUGCGACUGACUUUUAGUGUGUUGCAAACUCGUGUAAUAUAUUUUUCUUGAAAGAUUUUACUCAGUCAUUCACGCCCACUUCAACAAUGGAUCAAGAUAUAAAUUUCGCUGCGCAGUGUUUGUUGGCCAUGUCACAUGCCAAAGAUCAGAACUGGACUCCGGUGCCGUUAGAUUUAUCACACAGAUCUACGACAACAACCAGGGAUCGAGGCUAUGGCAGUGUGAAUAAUAAUAAUAAUAAUAAUCAUCACGCCGUUAUUGUUGAAAGCGUCAACGCCCCUAUGCCUUCCGUGUUUGUGGAGCAAGAUGUCGCUGGUACAACGGUAACAGCCAACAGUAACGAAUCAUCUUCGCUUUUCAUGGUAGCCCGAAUUUUAACAGAUUUAAUAUAUAUCAAGCAAGAACCAGUACCAAAUGUACCAAGCAGUCAUGAUGAGGAAGGUGAUGAAAGCGAUGAACUUAUGAUUGAUGAAGAUGAAGAUGUGGAUGUGAAUGUGUCGAACGUGAAUAAAAACGUGCAGUUGCCAUCCAAGCUGACACGCAAAAAUGCUGCCGCACUGUCUUCUUCAGGACGCAAGAAUUCCUCGUCUUCCAGUAGGCCGUCAACGAGGUCAUUGGUUAUCAGAAAGACUCACAAAUGUGUGUACACCGGCUGUGACAAGGUUUACGGGAAAAGUUCUCAUCUAAAGGCACAUCUCAGAACACACACAGGCGAGCGGCCAUUCCCGUGCGGUUGGACGGGAUGCGGGAAACGGUUCGCACGAUCGGAUGAACUUGCACGCCACACUAGAACUCACACAGGAGAGAAGAACUUCACGUGUCCUGUCUGCGGCAAGAAGUUCAUGCGAAGCGAUCAUCUUAGCAAACACGCUCGUCGUCACCCGAAUUUCGACCCGUCGGUUCUGAGGCAGAGACGACCCCCCAACAAAGCCUUCUCCAUCAACUCCAGCGAAGGAACGCCGUCCGAGGUGCUGUCAGACUCCAUGCCGUCGCCUUAGCGGCCCUGCCACCUACAACAUUCGAGGUGAAUCUCCACUGCAAGUUGUCGCCGGCUCUGAAGGCACUUCGUUCCUGAUUCUUGUCACUUGUUGCUGUUCUCUUGAU